UACAACAAUUCCCAUCCAUCCAAACUCAAAUCAGUUUUCUCCCCCAAAACCACCUCCACACCCACCAACUUCGCCCUUCUACGACGGCGGCGCGUGUUAUGGACGUGCCCUCGUGAGAGGAUCCGGAGAUGGGUCAAGCCACCUCCACCCACGGCCAUAACCCGGGCGAGCCGUCCGCCGACAACCAAGAACAAGACUUCACCUCCGCUAUCCCCGACGGAUGUCUAGCCUUGAUCUUCCAACGCCUGAGCUACGAUGACAGGAACAACUGCCUAUUGGUCUGCCGCCGCUGGCUUGUGGUGGAGGGCCAGAACCGUCGCCGCCUCGCCCUCAACGCCUCCAGCCGCGUCACCAUCCGCCUCCCCGCAAUCCUCACCCGCUUCGACUCCAUCACCGAGCUCGCCCUCCAUUGCAACCGCAACUCCGUCAGCAUAAACGACCACGCGCUGAUCCUCAUCUCCCAACGCUGCCACAACCUCGCCCGCCUCAAGCUCCGCCGCUGCCGCGAGGUCUCCGGCGUCGGCAUUCUCGCCCUGGCUCAGAACUGCAAAUCAUUGCGCAAAUUCUCAUGCACAUCGUGCACCUUCGGAGAUAAAGGCAUGGCUUCGCUUCUAAACAAUUGCUCUUCGCUUCAAGAGCUCUCCGUCAAGCGCCUCCGCGGCAUCAAAGAUGGCGAGCCAAUCAGCCCCGGUGUCGCUGCCUCAAGUCUUAGGUCAAUAAAGCUUAAAAAGCUAUACAACGGCCACUGCUUCUGCUCCUUGGUUACCGAAUCCAAGAACCUAACGACGUUGAAGAUCUUGAGCUGCACGGGAAAUUGGGACGGACUACUCCACGACGUUGCGAGGCGAAACAAUUUCUUGAAGGAGAUUCAUCUGGAGAAGGUGCAGGUGAGUGAUGUCGGGCUAACGGCCGUUUCCAAAUGCUCGAAUUUGGAGGUGUUUCACUUGGCUAGAGCUCCGGAUUUCUCCAACCAAGGGAUUUCCACCAUUGCUAACAAGUGCAAGCUUUUGAGGAAGCUCCACAUCGACGGCUGCAGGAGUAACCGGAUAGGCGAUUCGGGGCUGAUGGCGAUAGCGGAGAGCAGUGGUAACCUAGUGGAGCUGGUGCUGGUCGGGGUGGAGCCGAGCUCCGAGUGUUUGACGGCGAUCGGCUCCAACUGUCGGAAGCUGGAGACGGUGGCGCUGUGCUCGAGCAAGACCAUCGGUGAUCGUGAGAUCUCGUGCAUGGUGGCACGCUGCACGGCGCUGAGGAAGCUGCGCAUAAAGCGGUGCCGCGUGACGGAUUCGGGGAUCAAGGCGGUGGCCUACGGGUGUCCGAGUUUGGUGAGGAUUGAGGUGGACAAGUGUAGAGGGGUGUCGAGAGGAGUGGUGGAGUUGCUUAGGGAGAGGAGGGCGUCGUUGGUUGUGGAUUUGUACGUUGAUGAGGCUCAUGCUAAGCUCAUCCGCGCCAAAGUUUUGGCAAUCCUUUUCGUAUUCACAUUCUAUGUCAUUCUAUUGUUGAGAAAUUAUCUCUUCUGAACGUGUUUCUGAAUUCAUUUAUAUUUCUGCUUCGUCUUCUAUAUCUAGAACUAGAACUAGAACUAGAAGGAAGUCAUAGACUUGAAUUUUGUGCCUUAAAGUUUCCAACAAAAUAUAUAGAUAUGGGAAGUACAUCUUUAAAUGCA